GGUCUUUUUUAUUUGUAUUUUUAUUUAAGCUUUUAUCAUCUCAUAUUCCGCAUAUUAUUCAGCAUCCAAGCAAUCAAAAAUAAAUAAGUGCGCAGUAUGUUACAGUAAAAAAAAAAAACUGUCACACCAGUGCAACAUUUUCGAACAACGUGCUUCAUUUUGUCACAAAUUCUCAGAAAUACAAUUUAAAGAGCUACUUUAAAUCUAUCCGAUCAGACUCUUUUGACGGCUAUAUUUUGAACACAUUAUCACAAUUAUUUGAAAGCUUUGUAUGUUUUGCCAUUGUCUUGCUUGUUAUGUGGAAAACAUGCAUCUUAUAUCCUGCACUUGAUUAUGUUUUGCUCACAGCAGGAAUUGCCAUUGGUAAUCAUUUUAGAUCAUCACCAAAGCUCAUUUUUAUGGUUUCCCUGAUUUUCCAGGGAGCGCUCCCUUUUUUCAGUGAUGGAGGGUUUGCAGUGUGACGGCUGUGACUUCCGUGCCGAGUCAUAUGAUGACUUGAAGACCCACAUUCAGGAAGUGCACACGGCUUUCCUGCAGCCUGCAGAUGCGGAUGAGUCUGACUCUCUGAAAGACGAGGAUGAGGAGGAGGAAGCGGAGGAAUAUGACAACAAGGAUGACCGGGAUUAUUCAACUCCUAAAGCUGGAAUGAGCCCCAAUACUACUGACAAUGCCAACCAAACACCACAAAAGCAGACAGCUGAAACCCACCUGCCGUUUUACCAGUGCAAGUUCUGUGUCCGUUACUUCAGAUCGAAGUCAUUCUUAAGGAACCACACCAAAAAAGUGCAUGAUGCUGUAGAGGAAGAUUCUGAUGCAAGUAUCUCCUCGCAGAGUGCCGAGCAGCCCAGCUACAACGUUAUUAUACACAAUGACAAUUCAAAAGUGUAUUCCUGUCAGUAUUGCACAUACAAGUCUCCACGCAAAGCAAGAAUAUUGAAACACCAACUAAUGUAUCACAAUAAGGUUCCCGCAGAGAGCGCUGGAAAUCCUUCGCAAUACAAUGAGACCGGAGAGGAAUCAGACUCAGCCAGUGGACUCAUGAAGGGAACAUUUGCCUGUGAAUGGUGCGACUAUCAGACUGACCAGAAGGACAGCUGGACUAAUCACGUGGUGAAGGAACACAGCGACGCGGUCAAGAUAGUUUCCUGCAUCGAGGAGCUGGAAGGAGAGGCAAGUGCAAGUUCACCCAAACCAGAUUCUCCCUCCGAUUCCCGAAGCCAAAAUAGAUCAAAGAUGGAUUUUACUGACGUUCAAGGAAAGAAAGAGCCGGAAGGAAGAACUGUAGAAAACACGUUGGAGAAGUCAGUCCCAGAGAUCUCAUCCUUUCAGUAUGCACAUAUUCGUGCGGUAACACCCAACAGCACAGGUUCCUCCAUUUUGUCCAAGAGGUUCGCUUCAUCUGACGUCUCCAAGAGCGUCGCAGAGACGGAUGCCAACUUACUCAAUGAAGAAGACUCUAAGAGCAGCUUAGAGAAUGAUGAUGAAGAAGAGUUGGGCGAUAUAGAUGAUCCCAGCUAUACUGGGACCCUGUCAGCAGAUGCAAAGCUGCUUUUAACUGAUGAGGACAAUAAGUUACUGGAGACUAAAGGAAUACCGUUUAGAAAGUACAUGAACCGUUUUCAGUGCCCUUUCUGCUCCUUCCUCACCAUGCACAGACGAAGCAUCUCCCGGCACAUUGAGAACAUUCACCUUUCUGGUAAAACUACAGUGUAUAAAUGUGAUGAAUGCCCAUUUAUUUGCACCAGCCCUCUAAAACUAGGCACGCACAAACAGAGCCACAUAUCCUCAGAUUUAGACACCAUGGACCUAACAAGUGAUAGUCCAAAUCCUCACAAUGACAAUGCUGCAGAGCCAGUUAAUGGUGGUAAUGUCAAUUCCAAAGUCAAUGGAAAAAAGAUAACCAGCACACCGAACGACCAGCAGAACCCUCAUCGCUGCACACUCUGCAGCUUCUCUACCACCACUCUGAAAGGACUGAGGGUUCACCAGCAGCAUAAGCAUUCCUACUGUGAUGACCUAGAUCCCACUGUCUUUGAAAGCCAGCUGACUGACCAGCCGGAGUCUGAACCGGACGCUUCUCCAAUCUUUCUACAAAAAACCCAGACCUCGAUUUUAGGACAUGUCACAAAAAAGCCCUUAAUAACAGGGAAAAGAGCCAGGAAGUCCAUCAAUGACUUGCCUUUAGAUUUGUCCUCGGUUAAAAAGAGAACUAGAAUUGAUGAAAUUGCCAGUAACCUUCAAAGUAAGAUAAGCCAAAGCCAACAGGACAUGAUUAUAAACCUAGAUGACAUGGAGGAUGUAGAUGGAAGAGAAAAUCACAGCAUUGGUGAUAUAGAGGGUAGAAACCAUGACAACAAAAACCCUGUCUUCACUUAUAACACUCAACAACUUCAUGCAAGAGAUUCAAUGAUCUCUCACGAAGGAGGCCGAAUAGGGAAAAGAAAAAGCAACCCUAAGUCGAAACCUAGAAGCAUUCCUAUAUCCCUGACUCUCUCAGACGAUAGUGAGAACAUCUCUGCUGACCCCAGUGACGGUGCUAUCCAGGAGAAUGCUGAUUAUUCAGAGGAUCAAGGAACGACACGUUUCUACUGCAAACACUGUGAUUACCACAACAAAUCAGCUCGUAGCGUCAGCACCCAUUACCAGAGGAUGCACCCUUACAUCAAGUUCAGCUUUAAGUACAUCCUGGAUUCCGAGGACCAGAGUGCUGUCUUCCGCUGCUUGGAGUGUUACAUUGAAUACACAAAUUACAAUGAUUUGCAUCAACACUAUAUGGAUCACCACCCCGAAGCAAGCAAUGUGCUCAACUUCAACCAACCAAAUCUGGUAUACAUGUGCCGCUUCUGUUCAUACACAAGCCCAAAUGUCAGGAGCCUAAUGCCCCAUUACCAAAGAAUGCACCCAACAGUGAAAAUCAACAAUGCAAUGAUCUUCUCCAGCUAUGUCGUAGAGCAGUCCCACAAAACGGGGGAAUCGCAAACCCUGAGGGAAAUAUUAAACUCCGGCCCCAAGAAUUUGAACUCACCCACUUCAACCCCGAGGUCCUCCAGCCCGGAGCCGAAAGCGGUCUCCAAGACCCCUGAAGCUAGCGCCGAGGCAGACCCUCUCAAAGAACCUAUGGGUGGCAAUGUUGUUGUGUAUGAUUGUGAUGUGUGUACUUUUGCGAGCCCCAAUAUGCACUCUGUGUUGGUGCACUAUCAGAAGAAACAUCCAGAGCAAAAGGCGUCUUAUUUCCGUAUACAGAAAACCAUGAAGGUCAUCUCGGUGGAUCAAUCGCAGCCUGUUGCAAACUCUUCAUAUAAUCUCAACAUGGCUUCGCCUCCAAAACAAACGAGCGGAGCACUGUACGGAUCAGAUGAAGAAAUGUACUACUGUAAACAUUGCGUCUACAGCAACAGAUCUGUUGUUGGUGUGUUGGUCCAUUAUCAAAAGAGACACCCAGAAGUAAAAGUGACAGCAAAAUAUAUCAAACAUGGCACUCCCACUCCCGGUUUGAUGAAAUUAAUGGAUGAAUUGCAAAUUGCGGCUCCCAAACAGUUUUUGAAGCAGUUUCAAAAUAACGGUCAUGAUGGAUCUAACAACACAAGCCCUAAACCUGGAAGUGGGGAGCAAGGAGAGGAUGAGCUGUUUUUUUGCCAGCACUGUGAUUACGGCAAUCGCACUGUAAAAGGAGUGCUCAUUCACUACCAGAAGAAGCAUCGGGAAACCAAGUCCAACGCUGACCUUGUACGUCGUCACACUGCGGUUGUCCGGAGUCAGCGUGUGCGUGCACAGAUGGUGCAGUCGAGCAGUGUCUCGUCCGCCUUGAUCCCAGCUCCUCCAGACCCUGAAAACACUACAACCCUGCGCUCCCUGAAGUGCAGACACUGUACAUACACAUCCCCCUACAUCUAUGCCCUGAAGAAACAUUUGAAGAAAGAGCACCCAACUGUGAAAGCCACAGCCAUGACCAUUUUACACUGGGCCUACCAAGAUGGCAUUCUGGAGGCUGGCUACCACUGUGAGUGGUGCAUUUACUCCCACGCUGAACCCCAAGGCCUGCUGCUCCAUUACCAAAGACGCCAUCCUGAGCACAAUGUUGAUUACACAUACAUGGCCAGCAAGCUAUGGGCUGGACCGGAGACCACUCAACAAGGGGGCAAUAUGGAAACUAAACAUUACAAAUGCAGAGACUGUGCCUUUGAGGCCUGUACAAUAUGGGACAUCACUAGUCACUAUCAGGUAGUGCACCCGUGGGCCAUUAAAGGGGAUGAAUCUGUGCUUUUGGAUAUUAUCAAAGGAAAUGGCCCAGCUGAAAAUAUACACCAGCAGGUUGCCGUAGACCUUGUGUCUUUCAAUUGCCAAUCUGUUGAAGAUGAUGGAGCACAGGUCAUGGUCAGCACACCUCAAGAAAGCAACCCCCAUCCUCCCCACCCACGUCUUUCUAUCUCAAAUAAUACUUACCAGUGCACUGUAUGUCUGUCAGAGUACAACAGUCUCCAUGGCCUCCUCACUCACUACGGAAAAAAGCACCCAGGUAUGAAAGUAAAAGCUGCAGAUUUUGCACAGGAGGCAGACAUCAACCCCAGUUCUGUGUAUAAAUGUCGUCACUGUCCGUAUGUGAACUCCCGAAUCCACGGUGUCCUAACCCACUAUCAGAAGAGACACCCAUUAGUGAAAGUCACUGCAGAAGACUUUGCGGAUGACAUCGAGCAACUCGCUGACAUAAAUGAAGGAGAUGACAAGUGCAAAACUCAAAGGCAAGGCUACGGUGCAUACAGAUGCAAAAUCUGCCCCUACACGCACGGGACACUGGAGAAACUCAAAAUCCAUUAUGAGAAAUAUCACAAUCAGUCGGCCUCUGAAAUGUUCACACCCUCUCUAACGUAUUUUUCUCCCGGUAAAGAAGGAGAACCAGUCGCUGAAUGCAGUGCUGGUAAUAUAUCAAGCGCGGGAAAUGUCCAGGAGGUCAGUGAAUUUGACCUUUCCCAGUUACCCAUCAAUAAGACUGAGAAACAUGCGAUAUUCAAGUGUCAGCUCUGCAAAUACUUCUGCUCCACCAGGAAAGGCAUCGCUCGUCACUACCGUAUCAAGCACAACAACGUCCGUGCUCAGCCAGAGGGUAAAAACAAUGUCUUCAAAUGUGCUCUGUGUCCAUACACAAACCCUAUACGCAAAGGUCUGGCCGCCCACUACCAGAAGCGGCAUGAUAUUGAUGCCUAUUACACCCAUUGUCUGGCUGCUUCCAAGAUGAUGAGCGAAAAGCCGACCCAAGUGGUAGCACCCCCGCCACCAGAAGGGGACAAUUCGGAAAUGAGCGAAGACUUGCGUUUGGCGGUGGAUAGACGAAAGUGUUCCCUUUGCGCCUUCCAGGCCUUCAGCAGGAAGAGCAUCGUCUCACACUACAUCAAACGCCACCCAGGUGUCUUCCCCAAGAAGCAGCACGCUAGCAAGCUCGGUCGCUACUUUACCGUUAUCUAUGCCAAAGAACCUGAGACAAUGGCUGACAGUGCAAUGACAGAGGACAGCAAGGAAGUGUUGAAGGUUCAGCUUAAACCCGAGCAGGACAGUGAGGUCGAAUGGCUGCCAUUCAAGUGUCUAAAAUGCUUCCAGUUGUCCUUCAGCACCGGCCAGCUGCUCUCUAUGCACUACAACGAUCACCACAGCAAUGACUUGAAGAGAGACUUUGUGGUGUCGCCCGGACCCGAGGACGAGGACGAGGAGUUGUACAAGUGUACGCACUGUGAGCUGAAGUUCCUGGCUCUCCCGAUUCUGGCGAAGCAUCUAUUGAACCACAACGAGGAGUUUCAGAAGAGGGCCAUGAGGCAGGAGAGGAGGAGGCAGCUUCUGAGCAAACAGAAAGCCGCUGAAAUUUCCGAGAUCAAACCUGAGAAGGAAAGCCUUGUAAAUAAUGCUCCCAUAGGCUUCAGGUGUAACUUCUGCAUAGAGAUGCACCCCACCCUCCGUGCCAUCUGCAACCACCUUAGAAAGCACGUCCAGUACGGAGAGGUCAAAGAGGGACAUGUCAAGCAGGAAGUCAGCGAAGUCCCCCUGACCCUGCCUUCAGAGACCCUGACUAAUGGCGUCCUUGAGGCGGAAGAGGCAGCUGAAUCCGACGUCCUCGAGAGACCUGCCGCGGCUGCAAUGAUGGGUCCACCCUUGGCUUCCACGGCUCCGACUGGUGUGGCCGUUGCCGCUGAGGCACGAGAACCAGAAACGAAAGCUGUCGAAGGAAAGGCAGCGGCCCUCGUGGCUGCAGCGAGGGCCACGGUGUCAGAGGGCGAACUGAAGCAGCGAUUGGUUGCGGGGGGCCACCCGUGUGUCCAGUGCGACAGAGUCUUCAUGUCCAUGCAGGGACUGAGGUCCCAUGAGAGGAGCCACUCAGCCAUGGCGCUGUUCAGCCGCGAAGACAAAUACAGCUGCCAGUACUGCCAGUUCGUCUCACCCUUCAGACACAAUCUGGACAGACAUGUGCAGUCUCACCACGGGCACCACAAGCCCUUCAAGUGCAAACUCUGCCCCUUUAAAUCUGCCUACGUGAGUCGCUUGAAGAGCCACCUGCAUAAGGCACACACAGGUGAGCAGCACACAUACAAGUGCUUGUCUUGCCCCUUCUCCUCUAUGACCAUCAGCCAGCUGAAGGAGCACUCUCUGAGAGACCACGGAGAGGUCCUGACCCUCACAAAACUCCGGGCUGCUACCCAGGCUGCUCAUGGCGCCCUCAGGCCCCCACGGCUGGCCAGUAACGCGGAGCAGAAUCUCUUGGCCCUGGAUGAUCCCUCAUACCUAGAGCCGGCUGAUGUCCGUCAGCAGCUUAGUCAUUACCAGCUGGCAUCACGCAGUCAGAUGUGUUCUGGCUCAACACUGGCUGAUACUCGACCAGACAGCGUGCUCACCUGUGAGUUCUGUGAGUUCAGCUCUGGGUACAUGCAGAGCCUGCGUCGGCACUACAGGGACCGCCACGGCGGCAAGAAGCUCUUCAAGUGCAAAGACUGUUCCUUCUUCACCUGCUACAAGAAUACCUUCACCAUGCAUGUGGAGGCUGGUCACAACAACCAUGCGCCUGACAACUUCCCUAAAGACCUGCGCUGCCCUCUCUGCCUCUACCACACCAAACACAAGAGCAAUAUGAUCGACCACAUUGUCCUGCACAGAGAGGAGCGUGUGGCUCCACUGGAGGUCAGUCGCUCCAAGCUGUCGCGCCACCUGCAGGGCCUCGUGUUCCGGUGCCACAAAUGCACCUUCACGUGCUCCAGCGACCAGGCCCUGCAGCUGCACCUGCAGAAGCACGCCGAGAUCAAACCCUACCAGUGCCAGCUCUGUUACUACGACAGCAGCCAGCGGAGCCAGCUAGAGGAGCAUCUACGCCUGGAGCACAAGGUUAUCCGGAACUUCGAGCUGAUGGGCCGCGUCAACCUGGACCAGCUGGAGAUGAUAAAAGAACAAGGGAGCAGCGCAGAGGAGGAAGAAGAGAGAGAAAUGAUGGAGAUGGUUGAAGACGGAAAUGUCGCUGCACUGGGGGAGGAGGAGGAGGAGGAGGAGGAGGACGACGACGACGAUGAAGGAAUGGAGAUUAUGGAGAACACCGCGGAGGAACAGAGAGGGAUAGAUGAUGAAGAGAUAGAGGACAACUUCAAAGAGGAAGAGGAGGAGGAAGAAGAUGAAGAGGAAGUCAGGGGUGCGGAGGAGGAGAAGCCCGGCCUACAAGAGGUCCUUGCAUCUCCCAGCAGCAGCAGCAGCAGCAGCAGCAGCUCUGCGCCCGGCGGUGCAGAGAAGCGGCUUCCUUGUGAGUUCUGUGGCCGCUGCUUCACCAACAGCCUCGAUUGGGAGCGUCAUGUCCUUCGACAUGGCAUGACGGUUAAUAACAGCAACACGGACACCAGCACCACCUCCGCAUUAGAGGCCUCAGCUUCCUCUUCCACCGGCUUCCCUGCCUCCAUGGACGCAGGAUUGGACCCGUGCAGCAACGAGGAAGGGAACCCCGCCGAUCUCUCACUGGGAAGUCCAAGCCAGUAUGUGGAAGGCACAGAAAUGCUUGACACCAAAAAGGAUCAACAGUUUGGUUGAAGUGUUUGUGGCCUGUUGGGAUGAUGUGCUAGAAACUGUGACCAUGGGUAGUACCAGCACUGAGUUGAGUCAUAAAAAGGAAACAAAAAGAUUGAAACUGAAAAAAAGUGACUUCUUAUGAGUUGGCGCAUUACUAGAUUUUAGGUGUUACAUAUUUAAGUAUUAGAUUGUGCUGCAUAAAACGGCUGAGCUCUCUAAAUGGACAGUCCCCUAGGACAGAUCUUAAUAUAUUGGUAACCAAUAGUGAACAGAACUCUUUAUUGCUGACAUUCUGGUCAAAUCUACAGUGAAAGAUCCAACCUAGAUGAAACUAAGCUAUUUAUAGAGAAUGAUGUCCAAAAUUAUUAACUAAAUUUAGUAUUUUAUUGUUUGAAGCACCUUUUACGCUCCCCCAAAACAGGGGUACUGUAAAUGUACCCAAAUAGAACAAACAUGAUAUGAAAGCAUUUAAAACCAUGCCCCCCUGUAGAGCUACCUAUUCUUGUUUAUUGUCCACAUUUUAGACUUAUUUUCAUCAUAGCCUUGUGUUAAGUGUCUUAGAAGUAGUCCUCGAGAAAGAAUCGCACCUUAUCUAUUUUAGUAAAACCACAAAUCCUGUUUUCUUUAUUCGUAGAAAUACUGACAAUUUCCCCCAAUGUUUGUAGCAAAUUGCUAUAUUUUAGGUCCCUUAAUAUUAUACUACGUAUAAGCUUUCAGCCUGUGGCACCCUUUCGCAUUUUGACUGUACCAUUUCAUUAUCCACUAAUUUCACGUGAUGGAAUAAUGGAAAUAAUGGGACUCGUUAAAAUCUCCUUUCCCCUCUAAAAUCCACCUGUGCACUCAGAAGAUCAAUACAACAACAGAGAUAUGUUUAAUGUGUCAUGAUAUAGGUGGCCGUUAAACUGAGCAUAGUUAGCCUUGGAACAUAAUUAAAUAUAACACUGGCGUAAUAUGUGUCAUCAUUAUCAAUAGACAGAGAUCACACUUGUCUUUUCAGUGGGAACAAAAUGAUGUGCCAAUCUAGCUCUAUAUGUGCAUCAAAAUGACAAUUAAAUGCAAAGUUGUGAUGAGGCUGACCACCACGGCUGAGUGUUGAAGCCAGUGUGCAAGUGCCUUAACAAAUCCAGUUCCUCUAAUUGCCAAUAAAUGGCUUUAAUUGUUAUUUUUAGAAAUUUAAAAGUUAGCUAUUUUGAAGUAACCAGGCAAUCACCCUUAAUCUCUAAAAGAAAAUCCACAAUAAUGUAUGGCCUCAACAGCUAAUUUCCCGUCUAUUAAUGUGUGCCUUUGUGGCAAUUCUGACAGUCAUUGUUUAAACAUGAUCUGAUUAGAUUAGAUUGUAUUGUAAUUGAGUAUCAGUACAACGCAAUGUGUUGUAGCAAGAAACCAGGUAGUGCAAACAGCAGCAAAGAGAAUGUUGAGGCCUGUAGUGUUGGUUUAACCUCAUUACAAAAAUAUAUAUAUAUAUAUAUUCUUAUCAACCCCCUGGUGGUAAUUAUCUUGAGAUGUCAAAAAAGAAUCUUUGAGAUUUUUCCUGAUUCAAUGGAAGUGGGAUUUCAUUUGAUUUACUCACAGCAUUUAAGAAAAUUGAGUAGAUUUUGUUGGAACUACUUUCUACUAGACUAAAAGUCCCAAUGAAAACUGUUGAUAGUGUGAUCUGAGAGUUGUACUAUAUUAUCCGGAGUGAAAGGGAAAGCUAUUUAUGGAGAGGGAGAAAAAAUGCUGCUAAGUGUGUGUUUUUUUCCAAUGUUGUGAGCACAACAAAUGAAACUCCAUGCUAAACUGGGGUCGGAGCCACAUUUGCUUGAUUGACAGAUGUCUCUGUCUUUCACAGUCGGCCCUGGUGAUUACCUCAACUCCAUCCAAGGCCCCUCCACGUCACCCAAAUUCAGAUUUGUAGGCUGCAAAUGACUGACUGGCUGGCAUAAAGCAUAAAAUUCAAAUCUUGGCUUCGAGACGUCCCUUCAGAAACGUAUGGCUGAUGCCACAGACACCACAGAUAUGCUUUCCUGCAGUUGGUGGUCCAGUUUUGUAGUUAUGGGAUGCACUGAAAAGACAAGUGUCACAGAAAACCUUUCCACAUAAAUCAAGUUCAUUUGCCACAGGGACUUUAUGUUGACUUUUUAAAAAGGUGUAAAAUCCCCCAAUUUAAACUCCUUUUAAAUUCUGUAUUGGCACAACUGUCAUAGCCUGGAUAUGUGUGCUUCUUUUUAGAUAAAGUUGUCAUGUUAUUGUUGAUACUGACAAAAGGCAGAGAUUGUAUUUGUUGAAAGUUGCUGCUUGAAUACCCUAAAGCCUUAUAAGAUAAUAAAUAGCAAUUAAGUCAAAUGUAAGCCCAAUUCCAAUAAGACCAUUAAGCAACAUGAAACAAUCUGAAAUAAUAUGGCUGAUAACUAUAAUAUACAAUUUUUAAAAAGGCACGAUUAAUGUAAUUGUGUUCUUGGUACUGAAAUAUUUACCAAGACUGCUGUUUGCUGCUGUGUCUAUAACUGAGCAUUGAACCAUUGAUGGAAAUGGGAAAUGUGGGUUUGUAACCCAGGCGAACCACGUUUGCAGCCGUGUAUAGAAAACAAAACUACUUGUUAAGUGUUUGAACCGUGGUGUUUCAGAAAGGAUACUUUUAAACCUUUUUUACUUUAGGUGUUUUCAUUUAUUUUAUUUUUUUUCAAGACAAGAAAAAAAUAAAUCUAAAGACGAUAGCUAACCCUUAGGGGCUUUUUGAAUCCCCAAUCCAACAUUAUCACGCCGUUGUACAAUGUCUGGUUAAAAUGAAAAAUAUCUCCUUUUCUGUACUGUAAUGGGAAUGAGCAGAUUGGAAGAGCGGUGUGGUUGUACAAUAUUUAAACAAAUGAAGGAAAAGUAUGCAGAUCUUUAUUAAUUCAUGGCCUGGACUUUUAUUGUGAAGAGGAAAAAACAUGACAAAGUAAGAGACAAAAAAAAAAGGUUUUCUUUAGGGGCAUCUAACUGAAACUGCUUGGUCCUUUUCUGGGCUUGGCCAGUCGACCUAUAGAUCCUUCUGAGAUCUAGCUGACUUAUGUCCAGUCCAACAUCUGACACUCUAGUAUCUUCUAUCCAUGGCCAGUAAGGACAUCAGCUCACUUGCUCCAAAUAGGCCUGCCCUUACAUGUCGAGAGGUGGGAAUGUAGCAGCCCCAUGAUGAUCCUCAGUCCUUGUAAUACCUUUUAAAAAAAACUAAAAAAUAAAAAAAAAAACUGUUGAGUUGGUGCUGAAUCUCAAAGCCUUUUUUUUUUUUUUUUUUUUUUCCAGGACCAGCGUGUAGCUUUUUGAAAGUAAAACUGUUUGAAACCUGUUGUUGUAGAAAUAAGCUUUGUUAAGGCAGCUUGUUGCCCAUCUUGAGAGCCCAGUGCAAACCAGAUGAGAAAUUGGGGCAAUCUGGGUAAUGAAGCUGUCAACCCAAAAUUGUUUGUUGUUCUGUGCUCAUUUUAAUAGAAAAUGACUAUGAAUCCCUCACUGUGUGCAGUCUCUAGACUGUAAUAUUCCCAGUUUACCCAAAGUUAAGCCCCUGCUGACAACACACUGGAUACUUGUAUAUAUGUUUAGUUUGUUUCCGUUGAAUUUCUCUUUUCAGACUGUUGUCUCCAUAGUUUGACACUAGAAUCUCUCCUUUUUGCCUUUCUUCCCAUAUAAACCUGAUUACCUGAUGGUGGGUUGUGAUGUUGCCUAGAAUGAUUGUUUACAAUUUUAUUCCAUUUAUCUCUGGAUAUUCUGUAAAUAUUGUAAUUCAUUGUCUUUUUUUAACUUGAUAAUAAAGUUAUCA